AUGGCGCACCUACAUCAAGCUUCGGAGUCCCCGCCCGUGGGCGGGGACUACAAAUUCCCCCAGGGCGCGGUGCGGACGGUGGUGGCGCUGGACAGGGAGGCGGCGCGCGGCUACUGGCUGUCCAUCGUGGUGUCCGACGGGGGAGCGGCGCCCCUCACCGACAUCUGCCACGUCUUCGUGGAGGUCGAGGACGUGAACGACCACAUGCCCCAGACGGAGGAGCCCGCCUACCACACCUACGUGGCCGAGAACCUGCCGCCGGACACCUCCGUCAUAGCGCUGCGGGCCUCGGACGGCGACCUGGCGCCCUCCAACAUCUCCUUCGCCAUCACCAAAGGGAACCAACUGGCGCGCUUCAAGAUACACCCGCAGACAGGCGCCCUCACAACCCUGGUGCCGCUGGACAGGGAGCAGCAGGCAGAGUACGAGCUGUGGGUGCGGGUGAGCGACGGCCAGCUGUCCUCCGUCACCCCGGUCUUCAUCACCGUGAGCGACGUCAACGACAACCCGCCCGAGUUCCUGGAGCCGCUCUACCGCGUCACCGUCCCCGCCCGCAGCAAGACCAAGAAACGGGAGGCGCUCUUCAGGCCCGAGCCAGAGGACGCGUGGGGGGACUGGGUCACUUUCUCGCCCUCACAGAUCACCGCCCACGACGACGCCUUGUUCAGGGUGUUCGCCAGAGAUGCGGACGUGGGCAUGAACGGUGACCUGGACUACAGCAUCAGGACCGGCAUGGGCAAGAAGGGCCGCUUCAAGAUCCACCCGAAGACUGGCCAAGUGUACAGCAACAAGGCCUUUCCCCCGAGCAAGACCUUCGAUUUGAUGAUCCAAGUGAAGGACAACGGGGCGCCGCAGCUGACGGCCACCACGCGGGUCCUCGUGCGUGUGAUGGACGUGCCCGUGGAGUCUCCCAACCCGCCGGUCCUGCAGCCGCCGCCCCCCGCCCACGUGAUGGAGACGGACGCGCCGGGCCACCUGGUGUCCUUCAUCAACGCUCAGGACCCGGAUAACGACACCUUGUGGUACUACAUCACAGAGGGUGACGAGAGCGGCCGGUUCAGCAUGGCCGUGGACUCUGGCCUGGUGAGCCUGGCGCGCCGCCUGGACCACGAGGAGCAGCACCACUACGCCCUCACCGUCACGGCCACAGACGGCGUCCACACCGCCGCCACCAAGCUCGUGGUGGAGGUGAUGGACGCCAAUGAUCACCGGCCGGUGUUCAGCGCCAGGACCUACGAGGGUGCCGUGAGCGAGGACGUGGCGCCGGGGUCCACCGUGGUCACCCUGCAGUGCCGAGACAGGGACCAGUCACCCACGGCGUCCUCCGCGGUGUACUUCACGCUGCACCACGCCCAGGCCUUGGCGUCCCAGGGCCUCUUCACCGUGGACUCGUUCACUGGUGACCUCAUCGUGGCCGAGCCCCUGGACAGGGAGGUGUCCAGCGUCCACGAGCUGACCGUGAGCUGCAGGGACCGCGGCCGACAGGAGAACGCAGACUUUGCCCGCGUGUCCGUGACGGUGGAGGACGCCAACGACCACGAGCCCGUCUUCCUGGAGCCCAUGAUCAUCGCCAAGGUGAGCGUGGGGGCCGCGGCGGGCACGGCGGUGGUGCGGGUGAUGGCGCUGGACCACGACAAGGGCGACAACGGCAGGAUAUCCUACUCCAUCUUCGAGGGUAAUGCUGGAGGAAUCUUCAACAUUGACACUGCCCUCGGCGUGAUCAGCCUCACCCGAACCCUGGCCGAGGCCCAGCCCCCGGAGUACCUGCUGCUGGUGCGGGCCACGGACCACGCCGCGCAGGCCCGCGCCGCCUCGGUGCCGGUCCGGGUCAUGGUGACCGCCUCGCAGAGCACGCCCCCCUCCUGGCAGGGCAAUAAGCCGCACGUGGAGGAGGUCGGGGAGUGGGUGGCGGUGGGCACGGCCCUGGCGCGCGUCACGGCGUCCUCACCGUCGGCCCUCCACUACUCGCUGACGGGCGGGAAUGAACACAGCGCCUUCGUCAUCAGCCCCGCCUCGGGGGUGGUCAGCGUGGCCACGCCCCUGGACUACGAAACCACCUCCUGGUACAACCUGACCAUCACGGCCACCAACCUGGCCGGGGUGUCCCGCAGCACGUGGCUGGGCGUGACGGUCCUCGACGAGAACGACUGGUGGCCGGAGUGGGAGCGACUUUCCUACUACGGCAGCGUCCUGCAGACCGCCGGCCGCGGCGCCCCCGUGCUGGCCGCCCACGCCCACGCCCAGGCCAGCCCCAGCCAGCUCACGGUGACCGCCCGGGACCGUGACCAAGGCUACAACGGCAGAGUGACCUACACCAUCGUGGAGAAGGACAUCACAAAGUUGUUUUCAAUCAACCGACACACAGGAGCUGUGUGGGUGUCUGGCAGCCUGGACACAGUGGCCGGCACCACGGUGAGGCUGAGUGUGUGGGCCACGGACGGGGGCAGCCCCCGGCGGGAGUGUGUGGCGCCCGUCCCAGUCUUCAUCACGGUGAGGGAGGUGAAGGCUGCCCCCGUGGCCUUCCCCAAGACCCACUACUCAGCCGUCCUCUACCUGCCAACCUACCCUGGUGUGAGGGUGUUCUGCCUGGGUCGGGAGGAGCAGCCACGCCACCACGUGGAUGUGAAUGAUAUCACCGAUAUUUCAUAUUCCAUCACUGCCGGUGACGACAGAGAAAACUUUGUGUUUGACAACGUGAGCAAGUGUGUCAAGGUCCAGGACCAGUACAGCCUCAAGCCUCAGUACAAUCUCACCCUCCAGGCCAGCGACGGGGCCGCCUCGUCCACGGCAACAGCAGAGAUUAUAAUUGAAGAAGCGCCGCUGUCUACUCUGGUCUUCACUCAGGACCAGUACUGGGCCAACGUCAUUGAGAACUCCACUAAGGAGAUGAAUGUUGCUGCCCUGGGAGUGAAGGGUCAGCCGCUCAACCAUCACGUCCGCUACUCAAUUCUCAACCCAAACAUUAAAUUUGAAAUCCACCCGACCGCUGGCGUCAUCAAGACCACCGGCAAGUCCUUUGACCGGGAGGCAGAGGACCACUACACGCUGGUGGUGGAAGCGCAGGACAUUGAGGGCACAGCAAACGUGGCCCAUGUGCUGGUCCACGUGGCGGUGAUGGACGUGAAUGACAACGAGCCGGUGUUCCUCAACCAGCCCUUCCACGCCCUGGUGUCCACCGUGUCUCCGCGCAGCCACGUGGUCACUAAGGUGCAGGCAAUAGACGCUGACUCUGGGGAGUUCGGAAGUGUCCGCUACGAGCUGGUGCGAGGCAGCGGUGAGCUCUUCGCCGUGAAUAAGAAGACGGGUGAAAUUUCCCUGAAGCAGACCCUGAUGGCGGCCGACAAGACCUACAGCCUCACCGUUGCUGCCUACGACGGGGGAAAGCCUCCCCUCAGCUCACAGGCCCAUGUCCUCAUAAGGGUGGUGUCUUCUGAAGGGCCAAUGUUCACCGCCGCACGGUACGAGGCAGCCGUGCCAGAGAACGCCGCCGAGGGCACGCCCGUUGUAAGGGUGGAGGCCGCCAGCCCUUCCGGGGAGCCCAUCAUGUACACCAUUGUGGCCGGCAACACCGAGGAGCUGUUCGGCCUCGACUAUUCCACAGGUGGCAAUGCAGCGGAUCUUGAAUGCGUCGUCCAGACCACUGCCCUGCUGGACUACGAGGCCUCCGCCAGCCACAACCUGACGGUGCGGGCGCGGGACCCCUUCACCGGGGGCCACACGGACACCCACGUCACAGUCGCAGUCACGGACGUCAAUGACAACCCGCCGGAGUUCAGCCGUUCCGUCUUCAAGGGAGACGUGUCGGAGGCUGCAUCACCGGGCCACGUGGUGCUGCAGGUCUCGGCAAGUGACGUGGACACGGGGCCGGGCGGUUCAGUGCGCUACUCGUGUGUCAUGGAGUGUGGCAGCUUUGAGGUGCGUGCCCUGGACGGUGCCGUCACACUCACCAAGGAGCUGGAUGCAGAGACUGAGGCUCAACACGUGCUGACUGUGCUGGCCACGGACUCAGGCAUACCCCAGCUCUCCUCCACCGCCAUAAGUGGGUUCUCAACCUCGGAAUGCAUCCAGACAGUAAAUUAA